UGCUUGGGAUGUGGGGGUGGGGGUAAGUGUCAAAGAAAAAUCGCCCGGCCACGCCAAGGUCCACCCACUUCCCCCGCGCCGCUCUAUAAAGGCGGCGGUGGAGCGCAGCUCGGCGGUGGUUACUCCAGGCACACAAAGGAGUUCUCGCUCCUCAGGAAACCCUGCAACUUCGGAUCGCUACUACAAGAACAUUUGUCUCUGUGGAUUAUCCUCACUGUCAGGAGCCCAGCCAGAAUGAAACUAGUUCACGUAGCCCUGCUCUACCUCGGCUCCGUGACCUUCUUCGGGGUGGAUGCUGCACGGGUGGAUGUAGCGACAGAGUUCAAAAGAAAAUGGACGAAAUGGGCAUUGAGCCGAGCCAAGCGGGACGUGAAGCCUUCGGGCGCGCUCCGAGGGCUGGGGGCAGCCGCCAACGUGCAGCUGCUUAUACGGACCCAGGACGUGAAGGAGGAUCCCCGAGUCUCGCAUCCCAGCAGCCGGGAGGAUGCUCACAUCCGCGUCAAGCGCUACCGCCAGAGCAUUAACAGCUUCCCCCACUUCCAAGCCAUCCGCACGGGGUGCCGGUUCGGGACGUGCACGGUGCAGAAGCUGGCCCACGACAUCUUCCAGCUGACGGACAAGGAUAAGGACGACGCCGCCCCCGCCAGCAAAAUCAGCCCCCAGGGCUACGGCCGCAGGCGGCGCUCCCUGCCCGAGCCCCGCAGCCCGGCGCGCUUCCCCUGGGCCGGCCGGCGCUCCCGGACGCGGCGGCCCUUCGCCCCCGUGCUCGGGGUCUGAGCGCCGCGCUUCCCGGCCGAGGCCGCCUCGGACAGAUGGACUGUGACACGGACGCUCCGGAGGGCCGCCGCCGCCGCUCGGGAGCCGCCGCCAGAGUUCGCGGAGAGCGCCGGUCCGGGCGGGACCCCGGCGCGCCCUCCCGCGCAGGGGGCAGCGGAGCGGCGGAGCGGGGCGAGGGGCAGCCGGCGCGGACAGGCGGCGCGGGGAAGCUGUGAAGGCCGCGUCCCGCCGGGGACGCGCAGGGCUGCCCCACCACCCCCGCCCGCACGACCGGGCGCUCACGGACGCUUUACCCUCCCCGGCCGAGGCACGGCCGGCGCCCGGGACUGGAAGGCGCCCGGCCCGCGGCCUCCGGAGGCGCUGCUGCCGCGCCGGCCGCCAUGUCGCCCCCUGCCCCGCCGCUGCACCCGGAGGGGCCGGGCCUUCCCCGCCGGCCGGCGGCGCUCCGAGCUGCCCGGGCCCCGCUACCCCGAGCGGGGUGGCUCAGGGGCGCCCCGCGGCCCCGGCCUCGCCCCCCGCCCCGAGCGCGCCUAGGGGCGCGUCCCGCCCCCGGCCAGGCCGGCCACAUCUGCUCUACCCUCUGCGUUAUCUGCACCCGGCAGGGAAUCGGACACUCACCAGUCCCUGCGGGGACUGCGACAUACUUGAACGUCACAGAGAGGAAAAGUGCAAUUGUACGUGGUUUUUGUUAAUUAUAAGUGCGGUGUGUGUGGAUCAUGAGAUACGUAUCGGUAUUUAAGAUUGUUCUGUGUCAUGUCCUGUUUGUAUCUUUUUUUUGGAAAAUAUAUUUUAUUUUUAUACGUUUUACAUAUAUAUAUUGCAUAAGGGCAUUUUAAAUCAUUGUAUCCCUCUAUUUUUCAUAUCGUGAAUGUCAAACGUUAAACUUUUUUUUUUCCCAUACCUUUUUUUUAUCUUGCAUUCCAGACUGGUGAAAGAUGUAGAGAAUGUAUCAGCUGUUCUCCAUGGGUAAUAUGUGAAAUAAAAUAAACACUAUUACAUAAAA